AUGGCGGAACCGAACGAUUCUCGGAUUCGAGAGACUACCGUGACUCUGCCUCCACGCCCACGGCCGGCCGGCGACAGUGAAACGACUCCCGCGAUCCAUACCGCCAUGCCCGCGGGCGUGCUCUCACCAGGGAUUCAGGUUGAACUAUAUGGCGAUCACCAUGACAGGCCGUCUCCAAUUCAUCCCCGCUCGGCGCCAGCAACUGUGCAAAGUUUCUCAAGCCCCAUGAGACACCAUAAAAGGACCCCUUCGGCUCACCGCGAGAUCAAGGAAACCCUUAACGCGCGAUCUGAAUACACCAAUGAAGACGCCGAGGGCCGCUCGCAUCACCACCUCAACCAGUACGUUAUCAAAGACGAGAUUGGCCGGGGCUCCUACGGCGCAGUCUACUUGGCCAACGACCAGUUCGGUACUGAAUACGCUGUCAAAGCGUUCUCCAAAACUCGCCUCCGAAAGCGUGCCCAGUCCGAUGUACUCCGCCGCGGCCCACGACAAAUUGGGCGCUUCCACCGGGCUGGUUUUGGCGCCCCUGAUGCCCCCGUUGCGGGCUUCACGGCCCAGCAAGCUAAGGAGGCGAAAGAUGCCCUUUUUCUGAUCCGCGCCGAAAUCGCCAUCAUGAAGAAGUUGAAUCACCCCAACCUCGUCCAGUUGAUCGAAGUUUUGGACGACCCCGAUGACGACACCUUAUACAUGGUGCUCGAGAUGUGUAAGAAAGGGGUCGUCAUGAAGGUAGGCCUCAGUGAGGCUGCAACGCCCUAUGAAGAGGAGCAAUGCAGGCACUGGUUCCGAGAUCUUAUCCUCGGUAUUGAGUAUUUGCACUCUCAGGGGGUUGUCCACCGUGACAUCAAGCCUGAAAAUCUUUUGCUCACCGAGGACGACGUCCUGAAAAUCGUCGAUUUUGGCGUGUCUGAGAUGUUUGAGAAACCUGGUCAGAUGCGGACCGCCAAAUCGGCAGGCUCGCCGGCUUUUCUCCCGCCCGAACUGUGUAUGGCCAAGCAUGGGGACAUCUCGGGCAAGGCAGCCGAUAUUUGGUCCAUGGGGGUGUCCCUGUACUGUCUUCGUUACGGCAGAAUCCCUUUCAAUCGGGACGGUGUGCUCGAGAUGUAUGAGGCCAUUAAAACGGAGACGCCUAAGCUGCCCCCAGACGAAAACCCGGAUUUUGUUGAUUUGAUGGGGAAAAUGCUUGAGAAGGACCCCGAGAAGAGGAUAGAAAUGGCCGACCUGAGGGAACAUCCAUGGGUGACGAAACAAGGGACGGACCCCCUUCUCAGCACUGAAGAGAACUGCUGUGACCCGCUCACCUCACCCAACUCUCUUGAACUCAACCACGCCUUCACUCGCAAGAUGAGCCACCUCAUCUGUGUGAUGAAAGCCAUCCACAAGUUCAAGAGCCUCCUUGCCCCACGCCAAGUCCGCAAACCCCCAAACACCCUCCACCCAAACAGUAUCACUCUCACUCCUCCGUCUUCUCCGCCUGGCGAGAAAGCGCGGCCCGAACCAGCCAUCUCCAACGCAGACCUCGCUGCCCAACUGCUCCGCCAGCGUCGAGAAUUCCACGCCAAAGGCGGUAAAGCCAGCUUCGAUCUGCUGCUCGGCCAGCCUCUAACCGCCUCGCCAUCCCUGAUCUCAACCGGCUUCACGUCAGCCACCGCGACCGCGACCGCGACCACGGCCACCGGCACCAGUACAGCAUCUCCACAGUUACCAUCGGCCAAUCAUGACAGUAGCCAGAUCCAAGCCAACGAACAACACCCAGCAACGGGCGCUCCAGCGCAUCCACCUCCGCACCUAGGCAUCGGAACAGGCGGCAUUGAUGACUUCCCCAGUCCCAACGGCGCCCCACACCCCUCAUCAGCCAAAGACAAUAACACCACCAACAACAACAACACCACUACUAACAGCAGCGAGGACGCAGCCACCUACGUCGUCUCCGACUCCCCCACAGUCGUCGACUUCAACGUCUACGACCGCGCCUUCGAAGCCGAGGUCGAACGCAUCAAGCGAUCGACAAGCCGGCGGGGUAGGGGGGGUAGAGGGUUCCCUCAAAGAGGCGCCGCCUCAUCGGUACCUGUGCCAGGGCGGGGGCCUGGGCAAGGCCGGGAUCAUGAUAGCCAGUGUGAUGGCGCCGGCAAUGCGGGGCCGGAGGAAACGGAGGAGGAGGUUGGGGCGGGCGUGAUUUACCAGACGAAAUUUAGUGAACGCGGUAGAGGUAGUAAGUACGGCGGCGGCGGCGGCAGCACGGGGAACGUGGGUCGCCCGUGGGGUCUUGGUCUCGGCGGUAGUCUCGGUGGUGGUUUCGGUGGACGAGAAGGGGUAGGAAGGGGGCCGGGGCCGAGGAAUGGUCUCGGGAUGGGCCUGGCGGAACUUGUUGCCAAGGCUGUGGCUGCUAAUGCUGAGGGAAAUAAGCAGGAGAGUGGGAGUGGGAAUAUCGCGGAGGAGGUUAAGAAUGACGGCGAUGUUGACAUGGAAAUUCAGUAG